AUGGAAACUAAAUCACAAACUUCGUUAUCAAAACGCAUACAAGUCACUUGUGGGGUAAAUGUGGAGGAUUUAGAAUGCAUUAUAUGCACUGAUCUUCUUUGGAAACCUAUCGCUUGUAAUAAUUGCGAUAGUUUAUAUUGCUCAGAGUGUAUCAAAAGUUGGCUUGUUAAAAGUCCAGAAAAUUGUCCACACUGUCAAAAUUAUGUUGAGCGAAGAUGUUCUCCAUUUAUAAUAAAACAAUUGGCCAAACUGCAAUUUGCAUGUAUAAACCAAUCAAAUGGAUGCCCAGAGAUAAUUGGAUACGAAGUACUUGAGAAACAUGAAAUAGAAUGUGGUUACAAACUUCAACAGUGCUCUGGUUGUCAUUCGACAGUAUUGGAAAAAGAGUUAGCAAAACAUGAGGAUGAUUGUGAAUCGAUCAGAUUGACCUGUUCGGAAUGUAAUAUUACGUACUCCAGAUGUGAUGCUUCAUCACAUACUGAAAUUACAUGUUUGCGUGAGCAACUUCGUCAAUUUCGACAAGAUUCUGAUGCUUAUAAACAGCACCAAUCUCAAAUAAUAGAACAACAAAAUUCAACAAUUCAAAAUCUUCAACAAGAGUUUACCACUGACAAACAACAGCAAGCUGAAAUUAUAAACAGACUGACUGCACAAUUGGAACAACAGAAAUUUGGCAUUCAAAAACAUGAAAGGACAACUGAAGAGCUCUCUCAACAACUAAAUCAACUACUUAAAAAGUUCCUACAAAGACAAGAACUCGCUACUCCUGGUGCCCAUGCGAAGCUUCAUAAUGGCAAAACAUGUGUUACUCCUUUUGAUACUAUUGCUAGUACUAUUCCUACUACUACUAGUAGUUUUAGUUUCGAUGCUUCUACUACUCCUACUAGUGCUUUUGGUUCUACUCCUUUUACUGCUAUUGCUAAUACUAGGGCUGUCAUAAAAGCCACAAGAAGGGAGAGCCGUUGCAACCCCAACAACUUCCCCAUCGGAACACCUCUGGCUACUACUACUACUGGUACUAUUCCUACUACUACUACUAGUUUUAGUUUUGGUGCUUCUACUACUCCUACUUUCGAUUCUAUUCCUUUGGUAUUGCCCAGGCAAACAUAA